AUGCGGACCGGACAGAGAGACCAGACGUAUUCACCCCUCUCGUGGGCAGACAGUGGGCGCUCCGUCCUCAGUCUGAACAUUCGCCACCUGUGGCUGUUCGGACUGUGGCCGCUGCACGACUUCUGGCCCUUCUACCUGUACACCGCCUGCGGCCUCCUGCUAGGCUUCUGGAAUGCCGUGGAAGGUGCGCUGGCCGCGUACUUCUCCUGGGGAGACAUGGACGACACGACGCUGGCGCUGCUCACCGCCAUUACUCAGGGCUGCGGCGCCCUCAAAAUGGUCGUCUUCAUGUACACCAGGCGCCACUUCAGCGCGCUGGUGCGCCGGCUGGACGCCCUCUUGUCGUUGCAGAGCGAGGUCUGCGGCGGCGGCUCUGUGCCGGCGGCCAUCCUGCGCGCCUCCCGGAGGCGGGCGCACCGCACCACGCUGGGCACGCUGCUCUUCAUGCUGUCGCAGUGCUUCGUGUGGUACCCCAUACCGCUGGUGGCGCACGCGGAAGAGCGCCGGCUGCCGUUCGCGCAGCACCCCUGGGACGGCAACAGACAGCACUACGCGCUGUCCUACUUGGCCCAGUGCGCGGCCGGCUUGCUCAUGACGCAGAUCAGCUUCGGCGUCGACUGCCUCUUCGCGUCGGCCAUGAUCCUUGUGGCUGCCCAGCUACAGAUCCUAGCCGUGCGCCUCAAGGAGAUGGCGGUCGUGUCCAGUAUCCCGUGUAAAGGAAAGACCGCAUGCUUUGAGGAAGACCUCCUGACGAAAGGCACCGACCAAAUGUAUAACUCACUGCGCAUUUGCAUCGAAGAUCAUCAGAAAAUCUUACGGUCAGUUUUCUUCAUCUCAGCCUUGCUAUGUACUUCAUUAACAUACUCUUAUUUAUAA